AUGACGAACGAUGCAGCUAGUAACAUCCGCGUCCAAAUCACUGAGGUUCUACGACGUGCAACGCUUCCAGCUUCGAAUUUAACCAAGAAUAAGAAGGAUGCAUUGAGAAACUUAAGAGCAGAUAAGUCAAUACAUAUUUUAAAGGCUGAUAAGGGUAACGCUACGGUUAUUUUAGAUCGUCUAGGAUAUGAUAAUAAAAUCUUGGCUCUUUUAAGCACUUCAACUUAUAAAGAGCUUAAAAGAGACCCUACAGCUAACAUUGAACGUAAAAUAUGUUCCAAACUAUCUGGUUUUAAAAAGGCAG